GUGGCGCGGUUCAAGCCAUCGUUUGUCCUCAUUGUCAGAGCCCUCAAAUGCUCUUUGCUUUGCUCGACGUCUAAGACAUAUUUUCCUGACCAUUUCCCAAUUCUCUGUAUUCAUAACCUCACAACCUCACUUUCAUCGUCAGCCAUGUAUCAUAAACUUCCUCCAGUUUGGUCCUUCUUCCUGCUGGCUACCACAGCUAGAGCGUCCGCAAUCCUCGAUUUUUCCAAUGCAAUGUUUAAUGAUAGAACAUUGUCUUCCUCGCGACUUGGUUCGUGGCCUCAAGGCACAUACUCUGGGAGACAUGUCACGAAGAGGCAUAAUGACGUCCUGGCCAGUACCAGCACCAACUCUUCUAAUUCAACCACGGAUCAUGUUUGGAUAAUCCAGGAUACAUUUGACUCUACGAAUUUUUUUGAUCAUUUCUCGUUCUACAAUGAAAGUGAUCCAACUCACGGAACUGUCGACUAUGUCGAUCGCGACACUGCAAUCGCGCAUGGACUUGCGUAUGUGACAAACGAUAGCCAAGUCAUAAUGAAGGGAGACGAUACAAACUGGCUGGCGUCUGGCCAAUAUCGAGAGAGUGUUCGGGUGUCGAGCUACGCUCAGUAUAACACUGGUCUCUUCAUCCUUGACAUUGAUAGGGCUCCUUGGGGAUGUGGUGUCUGGCCUGCAUUUUGGACUCUCGGUAGUGGUACUUGGCCUGAGACCGGCGAGAUUGACAUCAUCGAGGGCGUUCACGACAAUGAACACAAUCAAGUUACAUGGCACACAAAUCCAGGUUGCACACUAACACCAACAGCCAAUUUCACCGGAUCUAUUGUGGCGUCAUCUAAUGGACAACCAAAUUUGAAUUGCCAAGGUGGAAGCGGUGAUACCUUCCCAGGGUGCGGGAUCACAGAAUGGAGUCGUGCCUCUUAUGGCCCUACAUUCGAUAGCCAGGGCGGCGGAGUGUUCGCGAUGAAGUGGGAUCAGGAUGGUAUCGCAGUAUGGGGGUUCUACAGGGUUGCUGUACCUCAAGAUGUUAAGGAUGGCAGCCCCAAUCCCGCAAACUGGGGGACUCCCGUUGCGAUGCUUGCACCUGAUAAUUGUGAUCCCCUGACGUACUUCGUGAAUCACUCUAUUAUUUUUGAUAUCACUUUUUGCGGCGAUUGGGCUGGCAACUCUUAUGCCACCUCAGGAUGCCCUGGAACGUGCUCGGAUCGCAUCAUGGACCCAGGAAAUUUUGUGAAUGCUUCCUGGAUCAUCAACAGUUUGAAAGUAUAUCGGAGGCAGAAUAUCACUAGUCGCAGCUCCAGCCGAGCUGUCCACACUAGUGUUGGCCCAAUGACAACGGUGAUGCUCGGCCUUAUUGCGUUGAUCUCAUUAGUACAUUUAGUACAUGGAUGGAUGUAGGGACCGAUAGCUGAAGAGAAUACACGUAUAUACCUUACGACCAGUCACGGGCAUUUUGGACAUUAGACACAUUCAGUGCAUUUAUCUUUCGAGCAGAUU